CACUGUGGGACACAGAGUGGGCAACGUGAGGCGGGACGGAAGCCUUGUUGGGUCAGACAGUGGCGACGCGGGAAGUCCGGACGCCGUAGCAGCCUGAAGAGGAGGCCUGAGACAGAGGCUAGAGCCCCGGUGACGGCAAUGGCGGAGAGACCCGAGGACCUGAAUCUCCCCAACGCCGUCAUCACCAGGAUCAUCAAGGAGGCGCUCCCGGACGGUGUCAACAUCUCCAAGGAGGCCCGGAGCGCCAUCUCCCGCGCCGCCAGCGUCUUCGUGUUGUACGCCACGUCCUGUGCCAACAACUUCGCGAUGAAAGGGAAACGCAAGACACUGAAUGCCAGUGACGUGCUCUCUGCCAUGGAGGAGAUGGAGUUCCAGCGGUUCAUCACCCCGUUAAAAGAAGCUCUGGAAGCAUAUAGGAGGGAGCAGAAAGGCAAGAAGGAAGCUUCAGAGCAAAAGAAGAAGGACAAAGACAAAAAAACAGAUUCGGAAGAGCCAGACAAGAGCAGGGAUGAGGACAAUGAUGAAGACGAGGAAAGGCUGGAGGAAGAAGAACAGAAUGAAGAGGAGGAAGUGGACAACUGAGUAGGGUGGCGAGACUGUGGCACUUUGGAACCACCUUGAAACAUGGUACGUGUUCGCGCGAAGCUUUUCCCCGCUGGGCAGAGCAGUCUUAGGCAGAAGAGCCUGAGAAGAUCAAAAUAGAAACUGACUAAAAUGAUCAAAACCAGCGCUUGCCACUCUCAGAGCAUCUGAGUAGCAGAAUCCUGUUACUUAACCAUCCUGAAGGUUACUUUCUCGCAGGAGGGAUUCUGAAUGACUAAUGUAGUCAAUUUGAUCUCUCUUCUUUACAUACAUAUACAUAUGUUUAGACAGUUUUUGAUCCCCAGUGCCCUUCUACCCCUCUAGAAAUUCCUUCCCCCAAAAAAGUAAUCACUCUGUGCUGCCAGCUGUGUUCCAGAUCACAGAGGCAGUCAGGGCUCAGGAAAAAUUGGGGCUUUGAUCAUGGUCAGCCUGUUUGAUUAUACAGUGUUUGGUAAUACCAAGUUAUUACCAGUGUCCAAAUGUUAGCUUUAGGAAACUACUAAAAGAACAAUUAAAUCUGUUCUCUUGUCUCUUCACUUGACAGUAACAUUAAUUGAAUUUUGGUUUCUACAGAUCUGCUUGGCUUGGAGCCCUUCCAUAUCGCCUGUAGGCGUUUGACCUGCUGGGGUGGCUGUGCUCUGGGCACACAUGCUUUUAAAUCAGCAGUGUAGAGUGGAAUUAGUCAAGCAAGUGUGUCAGUGUCCUGCUCUUUACAAAAACAGAUGGUUUAGUCUUAAAUGCACCUCACUGCCUGCCACUGUACAGCUUUAGGAUUUAUUGUCACCUCCUGGAAGGUAUAAAAUUCCAGGCUUUCUCUUGUAGUCCUUCCAGACUUGUGACUACGGCUUUUCAUUCUUCCAAUUCACGACAGGUUCCAAACUUUGUUUCUUCUGGGUACAACUUUCUCCCUGUGUGCUUCUCGCUUCCUGUCUCUCUUCUGCCUCUCCUCUGCUCCCCAUUCCCACUUUCUCUCUCUGUCUCACUUCUGCAAUCCAGGAACGUUGAUAACCUGCUUAAUAUCCCAAAGGGCAGGUUCCUCUGAUUCCUUACUUCUAAUCUCCUGUCUUUUAAAAAUGGUUUUGUAAACCUCUCUGAACCUUAAAGGAAAUCUGAUGGUGCUCAGGAAUUCCCCAACCGCCCUCCCCUCCCAGCAGGCUACUCCCUUUCACUGCUUCUAGGGCAUCUCAGUUGAACUUUCUUCAUUUUUUUCUCUUUCUAUUUGGUACUCCAAGCACUUUUUUGUUUGUCUCUAAGUUGAGCGCUUGGAGGUUGACAGGUAGUAAGGUGUAGUUUGACACUGUUAAUACAUUAAAUGAAUACAGUAAAAAGUUUGUUGACAAAUGAGUGAAGAAUGUUGACAAAAUGAUAACGCUUUGUACAAAUAAAGAACAUUCUUGUUAAAAAGUGA